UAUGCUUGAUAAAAGUUUGCAACGCGUUUUUUUUUUUGUACAUAAUCAAAACAAAACAUUGCUGGAAAAAAUUUUUUUAAACCCAAGUUAGGAAAAUAAAAAAACGAACAAAUAUGGGAAGUGGAAGUAACAGCUCUCCUCCACCAGACCCAGAAUACGGUACAAAUUUAAAAAUCUUGAAUAGCAAUCCGCAAGUUGUUGAACUUCAAACGAUUAUUCGUGAUAAAAACACAUCCAGAAGCGAUUUUAAAUUUUAUGCCGACCGGCUUAUUCGAUUAGUUAUUGAAGAAAGUUUAAAUCAAUUACCCUAUUCGGACUGUUGUGUCGAAACACCAACCGGUGCACUAUACGAAGGUUUGAAAUACAGGUCUGGAAAUUGUGGAGUAUCUAUUAUAAGAUCCGGAGAAGCUAUGGAACAAGGUUUAAGAGAUUGUUGUAGAUCCAUUCGCAUUGGAAAAAUUUUAGUCGAAUCGGAUGCAGAUACACAUGUAGCACGAGUAGUUUAUGCAAGAUUUCCAGAUGAUAUAGCAAGGCGACAAGUACUGUUAAUGUAUCCUAUUAUGUCAACUGGAAAUACAGUUUUACAAGCGGUCAAUGUACUAAAAGAACAUGGAGUUCCAGAGAGUUGUAUAAUUUUAUCUAAUCUAUUUGCUACACCGUCUGCUGCUAAAACUGUUGUAAGUGCAUUUCCACAAAUGAAAAUAUUGACUUCAGAAAUCCAUCCUAUAGCACCGAAUCAUUUCGGUCAAAAAUAUUUUGGCACUGAUUAAAAGAAAACCCAUGUCGAUUUCUUCAAUUUUUAAUUUAUAUUUUGUUUUUAUUAUUUAAGCUAUAUAAUUAUAAUAAUUUGUAAAAGUAAGACAUUUCAAUAAAUUUUUUUUGAUUAGAUUA